AUUGAGUGAAUAAAAAAAGAGAGAAAGAGAAAAUUGGAACCUUUAAAACUUUUGAUUAAACUUUAAUUCAGUUAAAAUUCAAUCAAUCAACAAAGCAAAACCACAAGAGGACAAAAAAAAAGCAGGACAAAGCGUAAAGGCUGAAUCCUGGCAGCCAUCCUGCAAUCCCGGAUGGCGGACAACGGCUAAUGAAGAUGAAGUGAUAGCCAGCCGGAAUUGUGUUCCAAGUUGAAAUUAAAUAGAAUAUAAAUUGCUGAGAAAAUGGCGGCGAUUUGUCAGCAUCCAUCGAGCGGAACCAAUGCAAAGUAGUUAGUCCAGCAACAACUACAAUCACACUACGCAGAAACAAAGACAAAACCAAAAGGGACACCACCUACAAGGAUAUUUGCCCUUUUUGGCCUCAUUUUUGUUGUUGUUGUGCGGCAAUUUCACGCAUCGCGGCAGGAUGACGAUGAUGAUGGCAGGCGCUAAUCAGGCCACCACCAGCCACGCCCCCCCGGUAUUCCGCAAACACAUUUUCAAAUAGGUUUCCCAAGGAAAACUAGCAAGGGAAGCCGCCACGCCCACUCGCUCGCCAGUGAAAUAUUAUGGCAACUUUUCAAAUGGAAAUGCGCCAGCAGCAGCAGCAGCAGCGAAAGCAACGAACGAAUUUAAAGCAACGAGCCACAAUAUGCAAAGUUAGGUGGCAGCCACAACAACGAGAGCUGGCGCCCUCGGACCCACCAGAAAUCAGCGCACACUGCACGCGACUCUGGCCAGGCAGCUGCUCCACCUCCAUCGCUGGAAUUGGAGGCAAUAUACUCAUCACUAGGAGCAGGAGUAGCAUCAGCAGCAGCAGCAGCAGCAGCAGGAGCAACUCCAGCGGACCCAGCGGCAGCAUUGGCGCUCACUUCGACUGCAGCGGCUGCCAAAGAGCGCUGAUAAUGCUCAGCAUGCUCGUCGUUGUCAUCGUUCUGAUAUCCGGCAAUGGAGUUUAUGCCGCCCAGCGUGACUCGUACAAAUCAAAGGAUAUGAGUAGCAGUAACAAUGCUAUACCAAAUACUGAGGCUGGCGGAGGAUCUGCUGAGCAGGCGGCUGGUGGUCCCACUGGUGUUGCCGGAAGCGGAAGUAGCAACAAUGCCACCGGAAAUAACAAAAAUGGCCACCAGGCAGUCAUCGGAUCAGCCUCAUCCUCAUCCUCGUCCUCGUCCUCGUCCCUAUCCGCCUCCGAAACCAAUUCAAUGACGACCGAUGCCAGCAGGAGCUCCUCCAGCGGCAGCUCGACAACAAUCGUUGGCAUUCCCAGCAGCAGCCUGCACAAGGCCAGCAGCUUUGGCAGCAGCAGCAACACGUUCCCGUCACAGAUGGCAUCCGGCAUCAAUCGGAAUAGCAUCGAUCUGCUGGAGGAGGCCCGCAAUGCGGGUCCCUACUUCGACCAGGCCUUCUCCAAGAACGUCACCGCCCUGCUGGGCAAGACGGCCUAUUUGAACUGUCGCGUCAAGAAUCUGGGCAACAAAACGAUGUUGCUUCAAGUGUCCUGGGUACGGCACCGGGACAUUCAUUUGCUGACUGUUGGCCGGUACACAUACACCUCGGAUCAGCGCUUUAGGGCCAUACAUCAGCCGCAAACCGAAGACUGGAUGCUGCAGAUCAAGUAUCCGCAACAUCGCGACUCUGGGAUCUACGAGUGCCAGGUGUCGACCACACCUCAUAUGAGUCACUACAUUCACCUGAAUGUAGUUGAACCUUCGACGGAAAUUAUCGGUGCCCCCGAUUUGUAUAUAGAAAGCGGUUCAACUAUAAAUCUCACCUGUGUCAUACUCAACUCACCGGAGCCGCCGGCCUAUAUCUUUUGGAAUCAUAAUAAUGCUUUUCCAUCUCAUCCGCAGAUUAUCAACUAUGAUUCGCCGCGCGGCGGCGUGUCGGUGGUUACCAAUAAAGGCGAUACGACCACAUCGUUCCUUCUAAUUAAAUCGGCGCGUCCCUCGGAUUCGGGGCAUUAUCAAUGUAAUCCAUCAAAUGCAAAGCCCAAAAGCGUUACCGUACAUGUGCUCAAUGGUGUUUCCCAUUCCGUUUCCAGGGGAGUUCCCAGCAGCAAUGCAGCACGCGGCACUAGCGCAUCCUCACCCCUCGCCCACUCGCUGUCUGUUUGUGUACCUGUGUGUGUGCUUCUUCAGCUGGGCGCUUGCCGGUGGAUCGCUGCGCUUCUGGGCGCCGCUCUGGCCACGCCCCCGCUCUCUCCAGCCAAGCGGAGGAGUGGAGAGGCUCCGCGAGGAGCUGGGGGAGAAGAAGCGUCGUCAGGACAUGCUCUACAAUACAUCCUCGCUAGCCUUUUGAGAUGCCAGCACUGGCGAUGGUGUGGCCGUUGGCCCUGGCCAAGGAUAUUAGGCAAGUGGACGAAGGAGGAGCAGGAGCAGGAGCAGAAGCAGGAGCAGGAGCAGAAUCAGGACUUUUGCCUGUGCCGGCAGCAACUGAAACUACAAUCAAGAACGGAGGCGGCCACGUCUAGGCAACUCUACGAGACGGACAUCAGGUGAACUCACCCAAUCCUGGCUGCCCCGCCCUCGAGGCCACUCUUAACUCAACCGUAAGCUGUAACUAUAAUAACUAUAAAGCGUAUACAUAAAAAACAUAACUUUACUGGCUACUGCGUUUUUCUAUGAAUCAGCGACGUAUACGUAAUAUUUAGCACAAAAAAAACGAAAAAAAAACAUAAUGAAUAUGAAAUAUAAACUAUGCUAGAGAUAAUGUCAAGAUCAAGCCAAGUUGUCGCCUUUUUUAUGUACGACUUUGUAUCAUACAAUGAAGCUAUCUAAGUCCUUGGUUCCCCCGUGUUUCCCUAGAAUUGGAAAUUGUGUAAAUAGGCUGCAUAGCAUACCUAGAGGCGCUUUUUCAAUCGACUCUUUCCGACCUUCGAUACUAUUUUAUAGCUGAAAAAACUUAACCAAAAAACUACCCUUUAAAGUAGGCUAAAAAACGAAAGGAAAAACAAAAUACAGUAAUAUAUAUUUUCCAGCUAAUACCAAAAACAGGAAACGCUUCUCGACUGCCACUUUGUGACUGUUUCCCCCUCCCCCCUCCACCAAAGGCAAAGGGAAAAUUCUCAUUUGCAUUUUGCGAAAUCCUAAUAGACAGAUAAAUAUUCAACCGAAAGGCAAUUAGCAAAACGCAAACUAAAAAACAUUCAACUUCAAGUACAGGCUAAAGCAGAAAACAGAAGAAAAAAAAAACGAAAAGAAAAACGAACACUGUGUAAAAUAUAAAGGAAAAACUAAAGCAAAGGAAAACUUAGCUACAAGUUAAGGCAAAAUAAGAGUGGGGAGGCACGAAGAGCGGAACCCGUCGAGGGGAGAAUUUUUCUUUUGGCUGCAUCUGAAUGGUUAGAAAUUAAGUCAUAAAGUAUUUGAAAAGAGCAACCCUCGAAUAAGUUGUUUCGUUUCGUUCUUGUGUAAUGUACAAAUUGAAUAAACAUAAGUAUUACUACCCAACGUGCAGAGGAAUGACGGUUUGAAUUUAGGAUACAAUCGGCGAGGACGGAAAAUUGUUGCACAUUUCAUACAUUUAUUUGUUGUUACUCAAAGCGAGCAAAAAAUUAGUCAAGUGUUAAACGAAACGAAAAAGAGAUACAUUAAGAAAUACCCAACAGAAUAAGGGUAUUUUACAUCUAACUAAAAUGUUGAAUUUUCCACAAUUAUUCUAAUGUUUUCAAGUAAAAUUUUCCAUUCGAAUUUCCACGAUUUACCAUUUAUAUUUACCAUUUUCCAUUUCCUCUCUUGGUUGCAAACUCAAACCUUUUUGUCUGGCUAAUUUCUGUCAUCACACCAAACUUUGCCAUAGAGCACGUAAAGCUAACCGAAUAUAUAUAAAAGAAAGAAAAACCAAUAAAAUCCAAAUGUUACAC